AUGACAUAUGUACGCAAGGGCUCAAAGACAAGGGCACAGCAACACCGGUCUGUGCAAAGCAGGGAUCUGCUAUGGGUCAGUGUAAAUGGCUGCCACAUUCUCAAUGUGUACAGACAGCCUGGGACAGACGCAGUCAUGGACUAUCUGACCAAUCUGAGCCCACCAGCCCGCUGUCUGAUAGGUGGGGAUAUCAACGUACGGCAUGAUGGCUUUGAACCAGGGGCAGUGAAUCUGCACCGGGGCGGGGAGCUUGUCCAAUGGGCCAGUGAACAUGGGAUGGACUUUGUGGGAGAGAUAGGGGUUCCAACUCAUGCAGCAGGUCAUGUGAUUGAUCUCACCUUUUCCAAUGUGGCCUUUGCUUCCACUACAGUGCGUCAAGAUCUACACUGCGGCUCAGAUCACCAGUCUAUGAUCACUAUGCUGCCAACAACACCUCAAACACAGCUGAGUGAUGCUCGGAUCAAGAUCACAGACUCUCAGCUGGAGCCCUUUGCAGAUCUUGUCAGAGGUCUCAUGGUGGACAUGCCUUGCCCAGAGGGGGUUGGAAAUGUGGCACAGCUUGAUGAUCUGGCCCAGCACUUCACUCAGAGUCUUCUGGCUGCAGCUCAGGCAGUCAGUAAGCCAGCUCAACAAGGGCGGACCACAGCCCCCUGGUGGACAGCAGACUGCCGAAGAGCGCACCGAGAGCUCACCACUCACCAGACAGAGGCCGCGAAGCACCAGUUCAAGGAUGCAGUGCGCAAGGCCAAGCGUGCAUACUGGAGGCAGGUGAUCAAUGAGGCCAGAGAUGGUAGAGACCUGUACCGGGUGGUGGCAUGGCAUAAGCUGGAACCCAACCUCAGAGCACCCCCUCUGGUGAUUGGGGAUCAGAUCAUAGAAGAGACAGCCGCCAAAGCUGAGGCACUUCAACAGGCAAUUCUGAAGCGAUACAACUCAGCUGAUGAUCUGGAGUAUGACCCACUGGAUGAUGAGCACUGGAGCGGCAUGGGGAACCUGCCCUGGAACCCCCGGAUUGGGAUGGAGGAGAUGGAGCGCAACACCAUUGGGGUACAGAGCACCUCCCCAGGCACGGAUGGAAUCACAGUGCGGAUGCUCAAAGCAUGCUGGCAGCAUGUGUCCCUCUUUAUACAGCAGCUAUACAACUGCUGCCUCCGGCUCUGCCACUUCCCACGAGCCUGGAAACUGGCAGAGGUGGCAAUGAUACCCAAGGUGGUCAGCCCACAGCAUGGGGGGGCGCUGCCCAGACGAUCUGCAAUGGACCUGGUAGCUGCUUUCACUCAUGAGGUGGAGGCAGCCUUCGCACAAAACAAAGAAGUGUCCAUGGUCACAAUGGAUGUGCAGGGUGCCUUUGAUGCUGUGCUGCGCAGGCGGCUGCUUCAGCGGAUGGCGCAGCAGGGGUGGCCACGCGAGCUGCUGCAGCUCAUUGACAGUUUCCUCACUGAACGCAGAGCUCAGGUCCGGCUGGAGGGGACCACCACAGCAGCACAUCAGAUGCAAUGUGGCACGCCACAGGGGUCUCCUUUGUCACCAAUACUGUUCCUUCUGUACCUGGCAGAGCUGCUGUGGCAAAACUCGGAGUUGCGUUUUGGCUAUGCGGAUGAUCUGAACAUCUGGCGGGCGACCCACUCACUUGACAACAAUGCCACCCUUCUCAGACAGGAUAUACAGAGUAUUCUGAGGUGGGGGGAGACAAACAAGGUGGCCUUCGCACCAGAGAAACUUGAGAUGAUCCAUCUUACAAGAAAGCGACACAAUGAGGCACCAGCAGUAGUUGUGUCUGAGGACCUCACUGUUCACCCUGUGACUGCCCCAGCUGGACAGGAGCCAGCACUUCGCUGGCUGGGUGUACACUUCGACAGAAGGCUCACCUGGAGACCACAUGUCUCCACCCGGGCAAAGAAGGCAAGGGCCGUGGCCCAGCACAUCCGGAGUCUGGGAAAGACCAGAGACGGGCCCCCAGCAGACGCUCUGCGGAAGGCGGUCACCACCUGCGUGGUUCCCUCACUGCUCUAUGGCACAGAGGCCUGGUACGGCGGCCGCACGCAGCCAGCAAGGCACACGGGCAGGAGUGGGGAGGUUAGCUCCCGCCUGGGAUGGCAUGUGGGGACAGUUGAGAAGGUGCUUACUAUGGCAGCCAGGGGGGUUUUCCCAGUUUUCCGUACAACGCCCAUCGCUACCCUAUACCGGGAUGCUGGGCUCCCAUCAGCAAUGGUAGCUCUGGAGGAGGCCAAAAUGCGAUUCGCGACAAGGCUUCAGGUGGUGGAUGAGAAGCACCCACUGGCUUCACGGAUAGCACCUCCAAUGAUCACACGAGGAAGAGGGGCUGGAACCCGGCAGCGCUCAAAGACCAAGAUCCAGCGGUUGGGGGCGCUGCUACCUGCAGUCAAUAGACCCACACUUGCCAUCCCACACUACUCAGAGGGAUGCGGGACAGACCCCACAGAGGGUGUAGACAAAAAGAGUGCUGCUCAGGCAUUCAAGGAAUGGUGGAGAAGUCAACCCUCAACAGAUCUAUAUGUUUUCUCAGAUGGAUCAGAACGGAGCCUUGACAACAGCAGGCAGGUGGGCUAUGGCUUCAUAGUCUAUCAGGGAAAUAAACAGCUGGCCAGCUUCUCAGCUGCGCUGAGCCCUAUGUCACAUGUCUUCGACUCUGAGGCAGUUGGUGCCUGCCGGGCAUUAGAGUGCGCUGUGAAGCUCCUACCUUGUGUCACAGAGGACAGCAGCAACCCUCAGAUCUGGCUCUGCCUCGACAACACCUCAGUCAUCUGGGGCAUACGGGGCAGUGCAGCAGCCUCCUCAAACUGGGCCUACAACCGCUGCCAUGAGCUCCUCAGACAGCACAAUGUCGGCCUGAAAUGGGCUCCUGGGCAUAUGGGGAUAGAGGCCCCAGCCUAUGGUCUCGAGGCCACACCCACAGUCAGUGGGGUCCGCACAGUGGCCAAGCAGCUCAGCCAAGAGGCAAGGCGAAAGUGGUGGAGUGGAGCCUGUGGCAAGCUCUCUGACUGGUACCGGGGCUGGAGUUUCAGCAGGCCGACUGUGGAAUACCAAGUGAAGGCCCCUCCGGAGCUCACCAUGCCACGGCAUGCCCUUCAUCGCUGGCUCGCACUCCGCUCCUCUCAUGGGGACUUCUCCUGGUACCACAGGCGUUUCCAGCAUGCAGAUGCGAGGCUCACCUGUGUCUGUGGACACAACAAGAGCCCAGAACAUUUGGUGCUCUGUCGACACUCACAGAGGCAUUUUCUUCACUGGCCCAAGAGGCCAGCAGCACGGCCACACAACCGGGCGACAGCUGUUGCCUAUCUAGGGUCUCUGACCCCUACAGACUUUGUAGAACUGCUGGACUGCACGCAGUUCUACACACGGUACUGCACAAGGUAA